GGCUGACGGUAUAUUGGAGGUUGUUUGCUGUGAGCUGUUGACAGGAGGACGGCGCUCUCCGGCGCAGUGAAGUAACAGUGCGUGCUUUAGCCAUGGCGGCCACAGGAGGAGGGAAAAUCAGAACGAGACGAUAUCACAUCGUGUCUAAACCUUACGGCAAGGCUAAACAGCAGCCUGGACUGAUCAGUCGAGUAACAGACACCGUGAAGAGCAUAGUCCCCUCUUGGCUGCAGAAGUACUUUAAUAAUGGAGAGGUAGCUGAAGGAGGAGAGACCCAUGUGCAAGUUGAGCAGAACAACAUACCUACUCCUCCCAAUGGCAAUCAGGAACCUGCUCCGCUCCCUGAUGGAUGCGACUCCCCAGAACCCAGCACCAGUAACGCAGAACCCUCUACAAGCAGAGCGUCUUUGAACUUCCAGGACGUUCUCUCCAGACCUCCGCUCAACCGCUCCCACCUACAUUUCCCUUCCCAAGACGGAUCCCCAGCACUUGGGGGCUCUCUCUUCUCCCAGCCUUCCACAUCUACAGCUCCCUUUCCUGCAAGCCCCUUUGCCGUAAGCUCAAGCUUCUCUCUGGUGAAGGAGAUCAAGGACUCUAGCUCUCAGCACGAGGACGACAAUAUCUCCACCACGAGUGGCUUUUCAUCAAGAGCGUCUGAUAAAGAUGUACCCACGUCAAAGACUGCACCACUCCUCUGGUCCCCUGAGAUGGAUCGCACACAUACCGGAUCACAGCCGGCUCACGCUGGUCUCAAGAGGCCAGCUUUCAAUCUGUCAGUCUUUGGCACUUCCUCAUCAUCUGUGAUGAACAGUUCGGUGCUGAACUCCACUCAGCUGGGAGAUUCUCCCUUCUAUCCAGGGAAGACUACUUAUGGUGGCGCUUCAGCAGCCAAGACUGCUCGUUCACGACCGGGCACGCCUUAUCAGGCUCCUGUGAGGAGACAGAUCAAGGCCAAACCGGCAGGAGCUCAGCCGUGUGGAGUGACCAGCGCCACAGCCAGACGCAUCCUGCAGUCACUAGAGCGCAUGUCUAGCCCUCUUGCUGAUGCGAAAAGAAUUCCAUCAGCAGUUUCCUCUCCUUUAUCAUCAUCAUUGAAUCGCACAGAUCUAGAUGUUCAUUUCCAGUCUAAGAGGAAAAAGCUGGAACCGGCUGUCCCGCCUGUGCAGAAACUGGUGAUCCCAGCUGCCGCAGCUGUGUCUGGGAACCGCUCCGUGUCUUUCCGCCCUUCGCUAACUCCUGGAUCUGUUAGCAGAGGUGUGGAAAAGGGCAGCAAGGAGACGCCUGUUAGACGGUCCCCUCAUAUCCCAGAUGCAAUUCCAGCUGCCACACCAAGCACAAGCAGCCUGUCGUACCCGUUGUCCAGUACACCUGCUAUCUGCAUCACGGGUGGCGGCAAGAUGAAGCGAGAAAGGAGCAUCCGCCCUUCCACCAAAAGACCUGAUGACGAGGUUGCUGAAGUGCCGAAUCUGCCUGCUGUCUCUCUGCCGAUCAGUAACUUCAAGCUGCCUACUUUCAGUUUCUCAUCCCCACCCCCUGCAUCGACCCUCACCCCGAGCACCAGGCCAAUGCCACUGGUCUCUGAGCAAGCAGCCAACAGCAAGGGGACAAAUGCUGUGUCUACAUCCGUUUCUUUUACCUUUUCUUCACCCAUUGUCAAGGCAACAGCUGGCAGUCCAAUGUCCUUUUCUCCAUCAUCUGAAUUUACCUUCAGCGCACCUACUAUGAAGACUGCAACUUCCAUGUCAAAUGGGAAACUUGCUCUAGCAGUAUCUGCAUUAAAACCAACCAGCGAACAUAGCGAGGAGUUUGAUGGGCCUUUCAAACCUGCUAAGACUUUAAAGCAGGGUAGUGUUCUGGAUAUCCUUAAAGGACCCGGUUUUGCUCCUCCAGCCCAGACCUCCUCUGAAACAGAACCCACAAAGUCGACACGCAGCACAUCUGUACAUACACCCUUGACUUCUCUCUCUGGGUUCGGAGAGAAGUUUAAACCUGCAGCAGGAUCAUGGAACUGUGGCACCUGCCUGCUGCAAAACAAAUCCUCAGACAAAAAGUGUGUGGCCUGCCAGGCUCCACAGCCCAGCACAGACUCUUCAUCCAGGUCGGACAGUAAACCUGUGAAAGCCCCCGCUGCUAGUCAUAGUUCUUUGUUUGCCCCGCCAGCUGGAAGCUGGGAAUGUGACACGUGUCUGGUGCAGAACAAGCCUGAGGUGGUUAAAUGUGUAGCGUGCGAAACAUCCAGGCCAGGAACUGGAGUAAAGCCUGCACUGACUCGGCCUCCUGUCUCUGAGGUCUCCUUAACACCUACUGCUUCUUCUACCCCAGCCACCAGUUCCACAACCACCACCACAUCUGGACUAAGUUUGGCUGACAAGUUUAAGAAGCCAGAGGGGGCAUGGGAUUGCGACGUAUGCAUGGUUCAAAAUAAAGCACAGGAUUCUAAGUGUGUAGCGUGUCAGAGCGCUAAACCAGGAGUAUCAGCAGUACCGUCAUUCCAAGCACCUUCAUCCCUGCCUCCUGCAUCUACACCAGCAAGUAGUGCUCCUCUUUUGGGAUUUGGUGACCAGUUCAAGAAACCUGAGGGCAGUUGGGAGUGUGACGUCUGCUGUGUUCAAAACAAGGCUGAGGACCAGCAGUGUGUGGCCUGCCAAUCAACCAAACCGGGAGCUAAAGUAGAAACCAAAGGUAUUGGCCCUCAGACAUCCAGCACUAAUUCAACCUCAAGUGCAUUCAAAUUUGGUUCCUCAAAUUCAAGCUCUGCUGAAUUGAAAUUUGGUGGCACUUUUUCAAACUCCACCUCCGCAAUGUCCUUUAAAUUUGGCAAUGCUCCUUCAGACUCUGCUGCAACUUCUGUAGGCUUCAAAUUCGGAGGCGCUUCCUCAGAACGCACCUCAACAGGUGCCAGUUCAACUGAGAGUUUCAAGUUUGGUGGCGCAUCAGAUGGCUUUAAAUUUGGAGCAGCCUCUACUUCUGAAUCGACGAGUGAAGAGAAAAAGAGCGAGACUCAAAAUUCUGCGCCUGGUUUUAAGUUUGGAGGAAGCGGUGCAAGUGUCGGCUCUGGCUUUAAAUUUGGAGCAGCCUCCACUUCGGAAUCAACAAGUGAAGAGAAAAAGAGCGAGUCUCAAAAUUCUACUGCUGGUUUUAAAUUUGGAGGAAACCCUAUAAGCACUGCUACUACAACUGCAUCAGGGGGCUUUGCAUUUGGGCUUUCAAAACCUGAAGACAAAACGGGGUCCAAUCUGUUGUUCAGUUUGUCAGUGCCUAAAGCCAAAGGUGAAAAGGAAGACCCUCUUCCAUCCCCAGAUGCUGUUUCUGAGUCUAACACAGCUGAAUUGUUUGGAGAGGGAACCCCACAGGAGACUUCGACCACUACUUUCAUGUUUGGUAAACCAGAGGAGAAAAAGGAUACCUCAAGUGGCUUUCUGUUCACUGGAGCCAAGGAGGCUGACAAACCUGCACCCUCUGUGGGCUUCAGUUUCAGCAAGCCAGACCCUCCAAAGGAGCUCCCCAAACCUUCAUUUGCAUUUGGAAAACCUGCUGAGCCCACAGAAACCACAAAGCCAGCAUUUGGCUUUGGACAGAAUGCCACAGACAAUACAGCACCAAAGCCUACGUUUGCUUUUAUGGGUAGUUCAGCCGCCACCCCUGCCUCCAAUAGUCUUGCACCCAGCCUCUUUGGGACUCCCAGCAGUUCGAGCCAAGCCCCCAACCCUGCUCCAAACAGCAACUUUGUUUUUGGCCAGAGUUCCUCUUCAGAUGCACCUUCCAAGAGCUUUAUGUUCGGGCAGCAGCAGCAAGAAACCCAGCCAGCUUCAGUAGAACCCUCUGCUGGUCCUAAUCCAGUACCAACUUUCGUCUUUGGCUCUGUGAGCAAUUCAAACGCAUCACCAUUCGCCUUCGGCGGUGCAUCUUCUACACCCACGUCUACAGCUCCUGCACCUUCUGCAGCUCCAGCUCCAUUUGGGUUUACUGCCACCACUUCCACCUCUGGCUUUGGCUCUGGACAGACCCCAGCAUUUGGCUCUGCACAGUCCACUGUUCCAGCUUUUGGCUCAGCUGCAUCCUCUUUCACAGCCACAGCAUCAGCAGCUCCUGCCUUUGGAGUUAAGCCUAGCGCUCCUUCCGUGUUCGGCCAGCAGCCCAACUCAACACCUGCUUUUGGGUCAUCUACUGCCUCUUCUGGACAAGGAGCCUUCCAGUUUGGGGGAGCCACAGCUUUUGGGGUAACUGGUAGCAACAACAGCAAUGUGUUUACAUUUGGAGGAGGGUCUGGAGGUACAGCCAGUCCUGCAGCAUCUCCAGCCAUGCCUGCACAGCCAGCAGCACCUGUAGGAGGCUUUGGCUUCUCACAGUCCCCGGCCUUCAAUAUCGGGUCAGUAAAGAGUUCCAGCCCGGCACCGGCUGGACAGCAUGGCAUCGCCGGCCGAAAGAUCAAAACUGCUGUCCGGCGUAGGAAGUAAAGCUGGAGAUGAUUCAGACUGCCUCACCUUUAGAACAAACACUGAAGUACUUAGUAUUUUGAGCUUGGUACAAACUGCUCUCUAUUGCCAGGAGAUUUGUUUUGCAGUCGAGGGUCAUUGGUAGACUGUGGAGCCCUGGCCCUCUGACUGAAAUUCACAGAGACUCAAAAACGUGAAAUAAAUGAAUACAAUCAAGCAAAAACCUUACCUUGUGCAGGAACGGUAUAUCUAUUUUCAGCAUCUGCAAUAUUGGCGAGAUUUGCGCAUGACUUUUUGUAAGGAAAGCAUACCAUGCAAAAACAAAUUUAGGGCAGUGACAAAUAGGUUUUACUUGGGUGAUCUGCAGGUAAAUCUGCACGUGGCAGAGAAAAGGACUUGUUGCUGUAUGUACAGUGAGGUGAGUGUUCCUGUGUCCUGAAUGAAGCAUUUUCUUUUUUUUGCGCGCAGAUUUGUAUGUAUGUGUGGUUUCUUUGUACAAUUGUGCUGGUUGAAAAAUGGAGGCAAAUGAAUGUGUUUAAGGAAAGGGCUGGGUGGAAGUGUGGGUUACACCCACGUGCUGUCGAUUUAGUAAGUGGAAAAUGUAGCCCUGCCGCUCUCCUCAGAACCUCUGUAAAUCUGCACUUCUAAGUCUGCUCAAGUUCAUCCUCAAAUGUUCUUUUAGUCCCUCCUUCUCUCCUCCUAUUACUCUCCCAUUUUCAUGUUUCUCGAUUCUCUACGCCUCAUCUACACCUUUUUGUCUCCUGCCUUUUGAAUAUUAUUAAAAAAAAUUGUAAAUAGUAACUUUUUUUUUUAAUCUGUGAAGUUUGAGUGUUAAACAAGCUUAUUUUUCAUUUUCUUUUUUUUUUUGUCUUUUAGAAUUUAUGUAAAGCCCUUAAUUCAAAGUUACCCAAAUCCAUUUAAAAAUGACCUUAAAUGCAAAUUGGGGAUCCUUUGAAGACUAAAGGUAUAUUGGCAUUUCUGAUCCACUUUUGUUUGGACCAAAACCAGUAUUGUAAAAAGUGUUAAGUAUAUAUUUUUCUAUUGCUUGUUUAAAUGGACUUAGGGUGACUUUGGAUCAUAAGGACAUCUACUUAAUUUUAAAGCCAUGAUAAUUAUUACUGAACAAGUGAUAAAUAAAACCAUGGAUAAUUGCCAUCAAUAAAAUUAUGAAACGAU